UGUCUCUCUGUCUCUCUGUCUCUCUCUCUCUCUCUAUUGUACUAUCAAGAUCUCCAAAUGAACCAAAACUUGUUGUUAAUACCCUUCUAUCCAUCCAUUAAUCUCUUUAUCAUCACUUUCCUUCUCCUCGCCAGAAAGGCCACAAGUGCAUAUGUAGAUCCUCAGUACUUGACUUGCAGCAUCAACAAAACAUGUGGCGAUGGCCAAAUUAUAUCCUUCCCAUUCUAUAUUCAAGACCAGCAAGAAUCUUUCUGGGGUUACCCUGGAUUCAAUCUCGUUUGUCAUGAUCGCAGUCCAGUUCUCAGACUACGAGAUGAUAAUUAUAUCGUCCACAAAAUCGACUACAAAAACCAGAUUAUUCGUGUCUCAAACGCCGCGUUUUUCCAUACAAACACCGCUUGUGUUCCUCAUCGAUUCAAAAACACAUCACUACCUGAUGACCGGUUCAAUCUAUUUCCAAAUCAGACAGAACUGUUCUUGCUUUCUCGUUGCAACUCAACACUGCUAGGAGGUAGUAAUAGUGAACUUCAAAAGUACAAGGUUAAUUGUUCUGGCGAAACUGAAGCUGGUCCAAUUUUAUCAAUGUUUGAUGGCGAUCCUCUACUGGGUAGUGCAUCAGAGGUCUGUGAAAAAGAAUUGGUGGUUCCUGAAGAUUCGCAAAGAGGAGAGAAUGAAGGAAUUGAAAGGAUGAUAGAAAGAGGGUUCGUGUUGAAUUGGACAGCAAGUAAUUGCAGCAUAUGCGAAAGUAGUGGAGGUAAAUGUGGGUUUAAUAGCAGCACCUACCAUUUUAGGUGUUUCUGCCCAGACCGGCCUCAUGGGUGGGGAUUGUAAACCUGACCCUCCAGAUGCAGGAAAGAACAAGUUGGGAUUGAGGCUAGGAUUGGCAUUGGAUUGGAUAUACAAGAGUCUUGAACAAGGUGAAAAGAUUGGACUAUUUGGGAUCAACGAUGAAGAGGAAAAUCAAAUAGCAAGAAAAAUGAUCCUAGUGAGUUUGUGGUGCAUACAAACGAAUCCCUCAAACCGUCCUUCAAUGGGUAAAGUUGUAGAAAUGUUGCAAGGAAGCAUUGCAUCCUUGCCAAUUCCACCCAGACCGACCUUGGUUUCCGCAUCAAGAUCACUUCCGCGAGCAACGAUAAAUUCUUCAACUUCAACAACUGGCAUAACAAUGUGAGUCUCCCGAGUAAAGAAAUGUAUGCUUGUUUGAACUCUAUAUAAGAGCUUGUUAGUCUCUAUUGCCCUCAGUGAUUGCUUAAUUGGUUGCACCCUCUCUUUAUGACUCAAUUGUAUUUUUUAAGGAAAAACCACUGGAAUCAUAAUGUUUUCAAUUUCACUUAAUAUUUUGUUUCUUUGUCCA